AUCACGUGCGACACAGAAAGCUGCGAAUUGCUCACAUCCGCGCCAUGUCGAGCCUGCGAGAAAUGAUGAAGCGCGAGAAGGCGCAGCGGCAGGCUGUCCGCCAGUCACGCACCAAGGACAAACCGCCAGCUCCGCAGACGCCUGCUGGCGUAUCAGAUGCCCCGCGUGCCGGUCCUGUCGUCCCACAGCAACCUCCAGCAGCGGCGACGGCGAAGCAAGAUGAGGCGAAGCUUCAGGCCAACCGCGUGUCAGGGGGGCUAUCGUCGAUUCUCGGGAUGGAUUGUAAGCACAGCACACCAGAAAGAGCCAUGUUGGCCGCAGUACGUAAUCCGUGAUUGCAAGCCUAACAACCUCUGUCCGUCUGUGAAUCUGUACCGUGUGUGCAUCAGAUGGCGAUGAGGCGGCUGAUGAGGAUGCGUUGGCGAUGCCUCCCCCUCCCCUCCCGCCGGCCUUCCUCGCACAACGGGCAUCAGCAGCGCCUCCAGCCCCCUCCCCACCACCACCACCAGCUCCUUCCCAGCCAGCCCCUACCGCUUCCCCUCCCGCUGUUCCCGGGGCCAUGUAUGGGCCACAGCCAGCACCCGCCGCCCCCGCUCAUGCAUCCUCCACAGGCGAUGUGCGAGUGUGGUACGAAGACGAAUACGAGAUCAUCGAGCCGGAUGCGAGUGCGCUCCAGGCGAGCAGUGGCAAGGAUGGGACUGCGGAGCCAUCAGGAGCAGCAGAUGGGGUCGGGAGCAGCCAGGGGAGGAAGCGUGAGAGGGGGGAGGGAGAGAAGGAUGAGCAGGGGGAGGGCGGCAAGAAGGCUAGGGUGGAGGACCCUGCUGCUGCUGCCUCCGAUGAGGCCGGUGUGGAUGAGUGGGAGGCCGACGAAGAGCUCGACGAUCGAGACGGUGAGCAGGGCGGGCCGCUAGGCACACUAGCACAUGCACACAAAUUGGAUGGAUGGUCAUGAUGACAUGUCCACUCUUGUCGGUUGUGUGCAGCAUACCAGCAAGAGGCCACACUUCUCCACAGCGAGCAUGAGCCCGAGACGUCGGCUGGAGAUGCUCAAAUGGACGAGAGCGAGCCCAAGGCGGGACCAGGAGCGUCUGAGUUCGUGUCGCUAGCCAUCAAGGCCAAGAAGGCCGCCAAGGCCGAGAGUCCUCUGCCGACGGGCUUCUUCGACGACCCAGAACAAGACGCAAAAGCCAGAGGUGGGUGAGUAUAGCAAGCCACGCAGGCAGCCUUCUAUGCAUCUGUCUGUCUGUCCACAUGUGGCACCAGGUCUUGAGAAGCCCUCAUGGCGCAGAGACCGAGAGCUGGAGAGCGAGUUGAAGAGGUUUGAGGCUCAGAUGGAGAUCGAGCAACAAAAGAGGGUGAACUCCUGCCUGCCUGCCUGCCUGCCUGCAUCAGCUGCUCAUGUCAUGUGUGUGUCUGUGUGCAGGAGUGGAUGCAGCACAGGUCAGACGAAGAGAAAGCGGCCGACGAUCUGGAAGAGCAAAUCUCGCUUCAAAAGUGAGCAUACACACCCACACAUUUUUACUCACAACCAGCUGGUUGAUGCAUUGCAUGCAAGCAAUGAUCAUAUCGUGAUCAUGUAUCAGGGACUACGCGAGUCGAUUCGAGCGCCUGCAGCAGCUGCGUGCCAAGCGGCGGGGCGACCCUGCACAUGCACAAGACAGCCAGCCAGACAAGCAGCAAGACAGACAGGCAGUGGCACCAGCGGCGCCACAGAGAGGGCCGGCGGUGAUGCAGCCAAGACGGGCAGACCAGGAUGAGGACGCUGACGAGGACGAUGUGGACGCCCUGCUGGACUGGCGGAAGAAACUGGUCUGAGCCAGCCAACACAUGUAUGUGGGACUGAGUUGCAUGAAUGGAUCUGUCGGCAGCGAUCUCUGACCAGCCC